GUCUGCCUCAACAACGGUUAAAUUUUUUUAUUGUUGAAAUACAUUAAUAAUGCAAUGUUGUUUAAUGGAUAACAAUAAAUAUAUGACACCAAUGAAGUGGUUGGGGAGUGGUGAAGGAGAUGGUUUAAUCAAAGUAGAAAUGGACCGAGGGCCACAUCGUACUCAAGACGAUGCUGCAGUAGGCUAUGUAUUCCAACGACCUCCUGAUCCAGAAUUUCCUUCUUUUGGACCAAAACAGUUGCGUUGGGCUCAUGGAGACGACAGUAUUAUCGAUAAUCAUGACAAAUGGAAGUAUCCAGUGGUAAAUAACAAAGUAGCCACUCCACCCAACAGCAUGUCCUAUAUUGGACAGAACACGACGAUGCCGGGGCUUUACGAUAUGGGACAGAACAAGUCCAUCCCUCCUGAACAUUUGGUCUACAUGUCAAAUCAGAUUCCUGGAGGCAUGGCGGUACACCCACAUCAGUAUUUGCCACAGUCCCUUAACCAACAGCUACAACCAAUGAGACACCAACAACAG